AAGCAAAUGAGUGGCCAUGUAGGCAAUCUCAGUCCUAGCCAGGCUAUGGCUCUGGAACAGUUUUGUGAGAGAAUUGAAGAUGUAUACGCCCAGCUUCCUAAUCAAAGCAACUAUUACCUGCUUCGCUGGCUCCGAGCCAGAAGCUUCAAUGUCCUGAAGGCUGAAGAAAUGCUUAGAAAGCAUUUAGAAUUCCGCAAGCGCUUGAAAGUAGAUUCAAUCCUGGAAAGCUGGAAGCCACCAGAGGUAAUUGAGCGCUACGUGUCUGGUGGUAUGUGCGGCUAUGAUCGAGAGGGAAGUCCAGUCUGGUAUGACAUUAUUGGUCCCCUUGAUCCAAAAGGCCUCCUCAUGUCUACCACCAAACAAGACUACAUCCAGAACAAAAUUAGAGAUUGCGAGUUUCUACGGAAAGAGUGUUUAAGGCAGUCUGAGAGGCUUGGGAAAACAGUGGAGUCCAUAACUGUUAUUUAUGAUUGUGAAGACCUUGGCCUUAAACAUAUCUGGAAGCCUGCAGUUGAACUGUAUGGAGAAAUUCUGACUAUGCUUGAGGAAAACUAUCCUGAGGGCCUUAAGAGGGUUCUUCUUAUUAAAGCUCCUAAAAUCUUUCCUAUUGCCUACAACUUGAUCAAGCCAUUCCUGUGUGAAGAAACUCGUCGAAAGAUUGUUGUCAUUGGCUCCAACUGGAAAGAAGUACUGCAGAAAUACAUAGCACCACAUCAACUUCCCAUGGCCUAUGGAGGCACGUUGACGGAUCCAAAUGGGAACCCUUACUGUAAAACUAUGAUUAAGUAUGGUGGUGUUGUGCCAAAGUCCUACUACGUAAAAAAUUCAAUUGAUGUGCAGUAUGAAAAGUGCAUCACCAUCCGCCGUGGAUCUGACUACCAGCUGGAGUGUGAAGUCCUUGUCCCUAACUGCUUAUUAAGAUGGCAGUUUGCUAGUGAUGGGGGUGAUAUUGGUUUUGGCAUCUACAUGAAGACUAAAGCGGGAGUGACACAAAAAAUCACAGAAAUGCAGGAGGUGUUGCCAACUACACGUUAUAAUGCACAUCUAGUGCCAGAGGAUGGAUCAUACAUGUGUGAAGAACCAGGCAUUUAUGUGAUACGGUUUGAUAACACUUACAGUAUUCUUCAGUCAAAGAAGAUAAGCUUCACGGUGGAUGUUGCUCUACCUGAAAUACACACUCAGAACUUGGAAGAACAGGCAUGA